AUGCUACUUCUCCUAGUCGGUGUCGUGAUGAACUUUUUGUUCUUCCUGUUUUUCUUUCGCCUUAUUAAAUCCUUUAUGGAAGUCAAUAGUCAGAAGCUGGCCUUCAUAAGAGUUCUGAUGGAGUACAUGCAGUACAAUGAGUUCACGCCAGCGUUGAAAAAAAAGAUUUUGGCUUACUACGACUUCACCUUCGGAAGAAAUUUUUAUAUUGUGGCCGAUAUACACAGCGCCUUGCCGGAAAAUAUAAUCCGCAAUAUCAAUGUUCUAGCCUUCAGCAACUUUUUGAAGAUGAUAAGUUUCUAUGACGCUCUAGCGCCGAGUUUAGUUUACCAGCUAUCAAACUCUCUGGUGGUUAAUAUUUUUUUGGCAGGAGAGACCAUAGUUCAUCAAGGUGUUAUCGAAAAAGCCAUGUAUUUCAUCCACGUGGGUUCAGUAGCGAUAUAUACCAAGGAUGGCGUGGAAGUGUGCCAUUUAACUGAAGGCGAUUAUUUCGGUGAAUUUUCCCUACUAUUGGACAUUCCCAAAACCGCCAGUGUUGUUGCUAUAGAAAAUUGUAAGGUUUUUAAGUUAUCGCGCGACGUUUUGUAUGAUAAUUUCAAGAACGAUCCCGCAGCAUUAAGGCAAAUAAAGAAGAUGUGCUUAGCAAGAGCCGGUGGACAUGACCCAUAUAGAAAAUAA